UUACCACCUCUUCCAUUUUCUUCAUAAUCAGAAUAUAAUGAAUCUCCAUCUGCAUUACAGUCUUUUAAAAUUUUCGCUCGCACGUCUAUCAAAACCUUCUCAAUAAUGCCUAAUUGUGAAUUUGCCAAUUGAUUGAUCACAUCUUUUCCAAGUUUCAUAUCAAUUUUAGAAAGAACCUUUCUAUUUAAUAUGUUCCAAUUAUCAAUCUUCUUUGCUACACUAUUGCCAGGCACAUAAUUGUGCACGUCAACGUGCUUGGGAUAAUAUCGUUUCAAUAAUUCGGCCAUAAAUACUACAAAAUUCAAAACAUAUAAAUAUCUAUUUAUAAAUCAAAAAAAUGUCACGAUAUUAUACCUCCAUCCGAAAAAUCUCUCGAUAUAUUUUUCUUCGGUCUUGAAAACGUAAUCUGAUCUAUCCACGCAUAAAUCUCAUCGAGCUUGUUUUCGUUUACCGGCUCCAUUUUUAUAUGUAUGUUUUUCUACAUAUACUUCAGUAUUACCGUUUCGCAACUACGAUUUUGAUUUAAUUAAAAGAUGCAAAGAAAAUCACGUCUUUUUUUCAUAAUCAAAAUUUAACUUAAGUGACAUCCCCAUUAUAUGCCGACAAUUUACAAACCGUCUUUUAAAUCUAUCAAUAUAAUAUAUCUAAAAUAAGCUAUAAAGACAAGCAUUUGUUUCUUUUUAUAAACUUAAACGGAUUAUCUUAUACCGUGUGUUGAUAUAAAAUUAUUAUCAACUAAUCUUCGUUUCAAAAGAUGCAUACCUGCGAUAAAAUAAACGCUUAUAAAAACAUAUUUUUAUCCUAAAAAUAAAUAUUUAUACACGGUGAUCGCAUUCAUUCGAAAGCCUAAUAGUCUCAGGCUCGGACGGACGCGCAAACGCGCACGUCGCCACUCAUCACUUUCUUUACGCAAGAGCGUCACGUUUAUUUGUGUGGGUACGUUUGGUUGCGUGGAUGAACCGGCAUUUAUAGAAGAGGGGCAAUGCCUCGGGAUCCUUCGGAAAAGUCUAUGGGAAGAUCUCGGCUUACCUCAGUUUGCUUUGGUGCCGCGCAAUACUUACAAUCGGUCUCCAGUAUUACACCAGUGAAAUUUAAUUUCAUCAGCUUAUAGAAUAUAAAAGAUAGAUAGAUAGAGAGAGAGAGAGAGAGAGAAACAGAAAACGAAGGAAUACUUUUUCAACGCGUAUGAACUUUUUUGGAGUUCAAUCACGAAAAGAUAAAAGAGAAGAUCCUAAUUUUAUACAUGGCAAAGGAAAACAAUUCUACAGGCUUACGCACUGACCUGAUUACCAAAUGGUAUCAAUCGUGUCCUCUUGAACCGUGUUGAUUCUAAAUUCCAGACCAUAUGAUAUAUUUGGCAUUGUAAAAUGAAUAUGACGACACAUUGUAUGUCACGCCGGCAUGGCCCACUCUUUCCAGUCCGAUAUUUAAUGGCCAUAUUUGGAUCCAUCGGUUUGGCUAUUAUAUAUGGUUUUAAAGUUAAUGUCAGCGUAGCUAUCGUCGCGAUGGUGAAUCAUACAGCCGUACGACUUUCAUCGAUGCACGAUGAAUUAAAAAGUGAAAAUGCAAGUUUAAAAAUAACGGAAGCUUGUCGAGAUGAUGCAACUUCAAACGCAACGGUAUCUUCUACCGAGGAUGGCCCUUUUGUAUGGGACGAACCUCUUCAAGGUCUUAUUUUAUCCGCUUAUUUUUGGGGCUAUAUGGUAUCCUUAUUACCAGGUGGCAGAAUGUCAGAACUGUUGUCAGCUAAAUGGGUAAUGAACGGAUCCGUCUUGUUGAACGUUGCAGCAUCGAUACUAUCGCCUAUUGCAGCGAAUAUACACUACUCAUUAUUUAUUAUAAUGAGAUUCAUUCAAGGCCUCGGUGGGGGCGUAACGUUUCCGGCUAUGCAUGUGAUGAUCGCCAAAUGGGCUCCACCGAAUGAACGAAGUGUUCUCGCAUCAAUCGUUUAUGCUGGUACUGCUCUUGGUACCGUGAUCUCCAUUCUAUUAUCGGGAAUACUGGCCGCAAAUCUUGGCUGGGUAUGGAUCUUCUAUAUCGAAGGUCUAUUAUGUUUAAUUUGGUGUACUGCUUGGUGGUUGAUAAUCGAAGACUCUCCGGAAGAACAAACGAGAUUUAUCAGCGAGGAGGAAAAGAAUUACAUCAUGGAGUCUUUAGGCCAUACUAAAAACAUUAGCGGUCACAAAGAGAAAUUACCAGUACCAUGGGGACAACUAUUAAGGUCUACUCCCUUUUUGGCAAUCUUGAUAGCACAUUUUUGUAGCAAUUUUGGAUGGUACAUGUUACUCAUUGAAUUACCAACUUACAUGAGUCAAAUAUUAAAAUUCAAUAUGAGUUCGAACGCUGGUCUAUCCGCAAUGCCGUUCUUAUGUAUGUGGAUUUUUACUAUGAUUCUCAGUAAAGUAUUGGCUAUUAUGCAAGAUAAGAAUUUAAUAACAGUAACCAUGUCAAGGAAGAUAGGAACUUUAUUCGCAUCGUUUGUUCCAAUGGUUUGUCUAAUUGGGGUAUCUUAUGUUGGAUGUAAUCGUGCUUUAGCGGUAGUACUGAUGACUAUCGGUGUUACUUGUAUCGGUGGAAUGUAUUGUGGCUUCCUAUCUAAUCACAUAGAUAUUGCGCCAAAUUUUGCCGGUACAUUAGUUGCUAUAACAAAUUGUAUCGCUACUAUACCAGGCUUUAUAGUUCCUAUUUUUGUUGGAAAAUUGACCCAUGGAAAUCAAACAGUAGAGGCAUGGCGAAUUAUAUUCUUUGUAACUGUGGGACUUUAUAUAAUCGAAAUACUCGUUUACAGUAUCUUUGGAUCAGGUGAAGAACAACCAUGGAAUAAAGUGAAUUCCUCUUCUGAAGGAGUCAAUGAUCAAACUUUACCUCUGAAAAAAAAUCCUAGAGAAUAAUUUGUAUAAUCAGUAAUAUAUUAAAAAUCUGUGUCAUUAUAUACAUUUCAUAAUAUAUAUAAGAAAAGAUUGUAUAUUAUAUCGCAUCGAGUGACAGAAUUCCUUUUACGACACAUAAUGACAGGUGCUCUCUCUCUCUCUCUCUCUCUCUCUCUCUCUCUCUCUCUCUCUCUCUCUCUCUCUCUCUCUUUCUGCAUAUCUUUUAAUCUUUUAAUACAAUUAUAUAUUUUAAUAAAGCUGUAAUUAAAUUAUAUUAUUCUGUAAAUCAUCUAUAAUACUCUGUAAAUCACAAUUAGAAAAGAUUUCAUUGUACAAUGCUUUAGAAAUUGUAGCGUCAUACUUAUCUAUAAAACUGUAUAUUUUUUUAUCUUC